UUAGCACACAUCCCUCUUUGAGGAAAGCAGAGUAGCUCUUCUACACGUUUCUGCUUCCUACUUCAGCUCUCACACACCUGAUACAGACAGAGGAGAGGGAGAAAAAGAUAAAACUAGAAAAGAGAUGAGAUUGGACAGAAAAUAAUUAACGGGAGCUAUCAGAAUUCAGAUCCAUAUCCAUGCUGAUCCAAAGCAGGUGAAAGCGGUCCCUCUCUUUGUCGGCUGUGUGUCGGAUAUGUCCGUGGAGAAUGUCGGCAGCGGUGGAGACGUGGUGGAUGGUAAACCAUACCCUUGUGAGGCUCAGAGCCAGGAUGGGAUUGUUUUGGUCCAGAUGGCUGGUCUUUCCAUUCAUAUGUUUGCACCAGCAGACUUUAAAGGGAAAUUCAGGAAGAUCCAACCAAGAAAAAGACCCACCAUUCCCAUCAUCACAGAAGCAUCCCCCGUAGGAAAGCGCCCCCUCCCCCAAGUGAGCAGCGCUCCGGGAGAGCGGAAAGGUCCUGUUGCCACAAUGCCGGUUACCGUGGACCCCGAGAGCAAGCCGGGCGAGUAUGUCCUCAAAAGCCUGUUCGCCAAAUUCACCACCCUGUCAGAACGCAAGAUACGCAUCAUCAUGGCUGAACCACUGGAAAAGCCCCUCAGCAAAUCUCUACAGAGAGGAGAAGACCCGCAGUUUGAUCAGUUGAUCAACACUAUGAGCUCUCUGGCUGAGUACUGUCUUCCCUCCAUCCUACGGACGCUGUUUGACUGGUAUAAGAGGCAGAACGGGUUAGAAGACGAGUCUCAUGAGUACCGCCCACGCGCAAACACGAAGUCAAAAAAUGAUGAACAACAGAAAGAUUAUCUGAUGGAAAGGAGGGAUUUAGCAAUCGACUUCAUAUUUUCACUGGUUCUUAUUGAGGUUUUAAAACAGAUUCCUCUCCACCCUCUUCUGGAUGGCCUCAUUCAGGAAGUCAUUAACCUGGCGUUCAAACACUUCAAGUACAAAGAGGGGUACCUUGGGCCAAAUACUACCAACAUGCACAUAGUGGCUGAUCUGUAUGCAGAGGUGGUUGGUGUCGUGGCUCAGUCCAGGUUUCCUGCAGUGAGGAAGAAGUUUAUCUCAGAGUUAAAGGAGCUCAGGCAGAAAGAGCAGAGCCCAUAUGUGGUCCAGAGCACCAUCAGCCUCAUCAUGGGGGUCAAAUUCUUCCGCAUUAAGAUGUAUCCAGUGGAAGAUUUCGAAGCCUCCUUCCAAUUUAUGCAGGAGUGCGCUCAAUACUUCUUAGAAGUGAAAGACAAAGAUAUUAAACAUUCUCUAGCUGGACUCUUCGUAGAGAUACUCGUCCCUGUAGCUGCGACGGUAAAGAAUGAGGUGAAUGUGCCCUGUUUAAGGAACUUCGUAGAGACACUUUACGACACGACUCUAGACCUGUCGUCCAGGAAGAAGCACUCUCUGGCUUUGUAUCCGUUGGUGACCUGUUUGCUGUGCGUGAGCCAGAAGCAAAUCUUUUUCAACAGAUGGCACGUCUUCCUCAACAACUGCUUGUCCAACCUCAAAAACAAGGACCACAAAAUGGCCCGGGUGGCACUUGAAUCUCUGUAUCGGCUGCUGUGGGUCUACAUGAUCCGAAUCAAGUGUGAAAGCAACACUGCAACACAAAGCCGCCUCACCUCAAUCAUAUCAACACUGUUCCCGAAGGGUUCCCGGAGUGUUGUUCCCAGAGACAUGCCCCUCAACAUCUUUGUCAAGAUUAUUCAGUUUAUUGCACAGGAAAGACUGGAUUUUGCAAUGAAGGAAAUUAUUUGCGAUCUGCUAAGUGUUGGAAAAUCCACCAAAGCAUUCAGUCUAAACCCAGAGAGAAUGAACAUCGCUCUGAGAGCAUUCCUCGUCAUAGCUGAUAACCUCCAGCAGAAAGAUGGUGAACCGCCCAUGCCAAACACAGGGGCCACGUUACCUUCUGGAAACACCCUGAAGAAGAAAAAAACCUACCUCAGCAAAACUCUAACUGAGGAAGAGGCCAAACUUAUAGGUAUGGCACUGUAUUAUUCACAGGUCAGGAAAGCUAUUGACAACAUCCUGAGGCACCUGGAUAAAGAGGUGGGCCGCUGCAUGAUGCUCACCAAUGCCCAGAUGCUUAACAAGGAGCCGGAGGACAUGAUCACGGGUGAAAGAAAGCCAAAGAUCGACCUCUUUCGAACCUGCGUUGCAGCCAUCCCACGUAUCCUGCCAGAUGGCUUGUCCAAAAUUGAGCUCAUUGAUCUUUUGGCCAGGCUGACGGUUCACAUGGAUGAUGAGCUCAGACUCAUUUCCCAGAAUUCCUUGCAGAGUCUGCUGUUGGACUUCUCCGACUGGCGGGAGGACGUUCUGUUCGGGUACACCAACUUCCUGCUGCGCGAGGUGCAGGACACACAGAAGGGCCUGCAGGAUUCUUCGGUUAAACUGCUGCUGCAUUUCCUCACGCAGUGGAGGCUCGCAAUUCAGAAGCCCGGAAAGCGCUCGGCAGAGAUGGGAUCUCAAAGCAGUGGGAGCUCCAGGCAGCCGCCCGAGCGCAGUCCUCACUCAACGGUGCUGCACGCUGUGGAGGGUCUGGCUCUGCUGCUGCUGUGCUCUUGCCAAACCAGCACACGCAAACUGGCCGUGUCCGUCCUACGAGAGAUACGCCUACUGUUUACAACCAUCGGACAAGCAGAGGAUGACGAUAAGCCCAUGAUUGAAGUUAUGGACCAACUGGCCCCCAGCGUGUUGGAUAGUUUUGUCCACGUGGCUCAUUCUGAAUCUUCCACCCUACCCUUGAGCCACCACGUGGACCUGCAGUGGCUGGUGGAGUGGAACGCCCGCCUGGUUAACAGCCACUACGAUGUAAAGAGCCCCUCUCACGUGUGGAUAUUCGCCCAGUCGGUGAAGGACCCCUGGGUGCUGUGUCUCUAUAGUUUCCUUAGGCCCGAGCACCUCCCAAAGCACUGCUCCACGGCGCUCAGCUACGCCUGGCCCUACGCCUUCACACGCCUACAGCUGCUCAUGCCCCUUAUUGACCCAAACAGUCCAGUUUAUGCCAAAAAGGCCAGCACACCAGGCCCAUCCGAUGGAUAUGUGACGCUGUGGAGAAAUUAUUUGAUUCUGUGCCUGGGAGUUGCCAAACCCAGCAUCAUGAGUCCAGGUCAUCUGAGAGCCUCUACGCCUGAGAUCAUGGCUACCACACCUGAUGGCAGCGUCACCUACGAUAAUAAGGUUAUAGGCACACCGUCAGUGGCUUGGCUCCUGAAGCAGCUGGUUCCACUCAUGAGAUCUGAGAGUUUGGAGAUCACUGAGUCUCUGGUUCUUGGCUUUGGGCGAACAAAUUCCCUUGUCUUCAGGGAGCUGGUGGAGGAGCUUCAUCCUCUUAUGAAAGAAGCUCUGGAGAGAAGACCUGAGAAUAAGAAGAGGAGGGAGCGAAGGGAUCUUCUCCGACUGCAGCUGUUGCGGAUCUUUGAGCUUCUGGCUGACUCAGGGGUCAUCAGCGACAGUACUAAUGGGGCUUUAGAGAGAGAUUCUCUGGCUUUGGGAGCCCUCUUCCUGGAGUAUGUGGAUCUGACACGGAUGCUCUUAGAAGCGGAGAAUGAAAAAGAGCUGGACAUUUUGAAAGACAUGAGGGCUCAUUUUAGUGGAAUGGUGGCCAACAUCAUCCAGUGUGUUCCAGUCCACAACAGACGCUUGCUGUUCCCGCAGCAGAGUCUGAGACAUCACCUCUUCAUCCUCUUCAGCCAAUGGGCCGGACCAUUCAGUGUCAUGUUCACACCCCUGGAUCGCUAUAGCGACCGCAACCACCAGAUCACACGAUACCAGUACUGCGCUCUGAAGGCUAUGUCAGCAGUGUUGUGCUGUGGCUCUGUGUUUGAUAACGUUGGGCUUUCGACAGACGGAUACCUCUACAAGUGGCUGGACAAUAUCUUAGCCUGCCAUGAUCUCCGGGUUCAUCGUCUGGGCUGCGAGGUGGUCAUUUUGCUCCUGGAACUGAAUCCAGAUCAGGUGAAUCUGUUUAACUGGGCUGUUGAUCGCUGCUUUACUGGAUCAUACCAGCUCGCGUCAGGAUGCUUCAAAGCUAUUGCCACUGUGUGUGGUAGCAGGAAUUAUCCAUGUGAUAUUGUGACCCUUUUGAACCUGGUGCUCUUUAAGUCGUCUGACACCAGCAGGGAGAUUUAUGAGAUAUCCAUGCAGCUCAUGCAGGUUCUGGAGUCCAAAUUGUCAGUUUACUCAAAGAGAAUUGUGGGGCAGAAAUCAGGAAAUAUCUUGUAUGGCACACACGGUCCAUUACCACCGUUAUAUAGCGUCUCUCUUUCCCGGCUCUCCCAGCAGCUGGCCUGCAUGUAUCCUGAGCUCACCUUACCGCUCUUCUCAGAGAUCAGCCAGCGAUUCUCCACCACUCAUCCAAAUGGGAGACAGAUCAUGCUUACCUACCUGCUGCCAUGGCUUAACAACAUAGAGCUGGUGGACACAGGACUCCUUCCCCCAACGUCCAGCCCGUGCACACCGGAGGAGGAGGCCCGCGAGCAAUCCGACAGCAUAGGAAUCGCACACAGACUGAAGGGAAAUGGCUGGGGAUCUCUGCAGGCCACCUCGUUGGUUCUGAACAACCUCAUGUUUAUGACAGCAAAGUAUGGAGAUGAGGUCCCAGGUCCUGAGAUGGAGAGCACCUGGAAUGCUUUAGUGUCUAAUGACAAAUGGAGCAACAACCUUAGAAUAACCCUUCAGUUCCUCAUAAGCUUGUGUGGAGUCAGCAGCGACACCACACUUCUGCCAUACAUUAAGAAAGUAGUGAUAUAUCUGUGUCGGAACAACACCAUUCAGACCAUGGAGGAACUUAUUUUUGAGCUUCAGCAGACGGACCCGGUAAACCCAGUGGUCCUACACUGUGACAACCCUCCGUUCUAUCGCUUUGUCGCCAGUAACAAGACCUCCGUUGUGGCCUCCGGCACAACGUCCAGCAGUAACACAGUAGUGCCUGGGCAGGAGAACUUCCAGGAGGCUGAUGAUGCAAAGAUGGCCAGAGAAAAUGAAGAGAGGUUGAGUAAUGCCGCCCGCGCUCAUAACCGUCUGGAGUCACGAUAUAGCAACAGUUCUGGCGGAUCGUACGAUGAGGAGAAAAAUGACCCUCUGCCUCCAUAUGCCGCCUGGUUGAUCAGUGUAUUGGAGAGUAACAGACCUCAGCCUCUUCCCAUGCCUGUAAACGGAGGUUGUUGGGCCCCAUUGGUGGACUAUUUGCCUGAGACCAUCACCCCACGAGGACCCCUUCACAGGUGUAACAUAGCCGUGAUCUUCAUGACAGAGAUGGUUGUGGACCACAGUGUGAGAGAGGACUGGGCCCUGCACCUGCCCCUGCUGCUCCAUGCACUCUUCCUCGGGUUGGAUCACUACCGACCAGAGGUGUUUGAGCACAGCAAGAGGCUACUGCAACAUCUCCUCAUCGCCCUCUCCUGCAACAACAACUUUCAGGUCAUCGCAUCUGUUCUGUUACUGACCAGAGAGAUCGGUGACAACAAAACCCUCACCGUUAAAUCCAGCUACCAGCCGGAAUACCUCUACACAGGAGGGUUUGACUUCCUACGAGAGUGGCAGGCAUCGCCGGUUGCAGAUUCUGGACUGAGCUCGUCCUCCACAUCGUCCAGCGUGAGUCUGGGAGGAAGCCUCGGGAACCUGCCGCAGAUCACAGCUGAUCUAGAGGAGCUGGAUGAGUCGUCCACAGAGUCAGAGGAGAAGACUAACAAACUGAUCGAGUUCCUCACCACGAGUGCAUGGAGUGCUGUCCUGUUCUUACUCAGGGCGUUCGGACCGCUUUGGUGCCACGAAGACAUCACGCCGAAGAACCUGAACUCCAAGAGCGCCGAGCAGCUUACCAACUUCCUGCGACACGUCGUCUCUGUGUUCAAGGAGUCCAAAUCAGAUUUCCAUCUGGAGCAUCAGCUGAGCGACGUUGCCUUGCAGACGGCCCUCUGCAGCUCCUCGCGUCAUUACGCCGGCCGCUCCUUCCAGAUCUUCCGAGCUCUGAGACAGCCCCUCUCUGCCCACCCAGUGUCCGACCUGCUCUCACGCCUGGUGGAGGUUGUCGGAGAGCACGGGGAUGAAGUGCAGGGUUAUGUCAUGGAGAUUUUGCUCACUCUGGAGUCUGUUGUGGAUAAUUUAGCUGAAUGUCUGAACAACAGUGAACUGAUGGCAGCUUUGACAAGAGAUUCGUCUCCUGAUUUCCUGGUGAGUGGAAAAAUGAACCCAAACUGUAAGAGCACAGGGCAGCUGAACCUGCACCAGGAGGGCGGGACCAACGAACGAAACAGGCACCAACGCAGCUACUCCGUUCCCAAGAAGUUCGGCGAAAGCGGCGACAACUCUUCCGCCAACCCGCCUCGCAGCGCCACCCUGGACCGCAUCCAAGCCUGCACCCAGCAGGCUCUCGCCCGGUCCGCCCGCAGCACAUCGUCCAGCUCCACUCGCGCCGACACCAGCGUCAUCACCGACCCCUCCCACUCCAGUCACCCCGCCAACCUACUCGCCACCAUUUUCUGGGUGGCGGUGUCGCUCAUGGAGUCAGACUUUGAGUUCGAGUAUCAGAUGUCGCUCAGGCUAGUUCACAAACUGCUGGCACGGGUUCCAUUGGAUCUGCAGGAGAACAGGGAGCGGCUGGAGAAGCUCCAGGCCCAGCUCAGGUGGAGUGGGUUUUCGGGUCUUCAACAGCUGCUGCUGAAGGGAUUCACGUCUGCGACCACAAACGAUCUCACGCUGCAGCUGUUUUGUCAGCUGACGCCAGUUUCAAGAGUGCAGGUGGUGGACACGUCGCAGGCUAUAGGUUUUCCCCUGAACGUGCUCUGCCUGCUUCCUCACUUGGUUCAACACUUCGGUAAUCCUACACAGUUUUGCAAAGAAAGUGCCGAGAGGAUUGCACAGGUGUGUCUGGAAGAGAAAGACAAGAACACUAAACUCUCUCACCUGGCCCACGUAAUGACCCUAUACAAGACCCGUUCCUACACCAGAGACCCCUUCUCCUGGGUUAACGUCGUCUGUCGCUACCUGCACGAGGCCUUCUCAGACAUCACGCUUAACCUGGUUACCUACAUGGCUGAGUUACUCGAUAAAGGAUUACCCAGCAUGCAACAGCCGCUUCUGCAGAUCAUUUACAGUCUGCUAAGCCACAUGGAUUUGGCAGGAAUUCAGGUCAAACCUUUCAACGUAGAGGUGCUCAAGACUAUCGAGAAAUUCGUACAGACGGUUCACUGGAAGGAAGCUCUGAACAUUCUCAAGCUGGUCGUUUCUCGCUCGGCCAGCUUAUCCCUGCCGUCUUACGCUCAUGGAGAUCUGGCCCACCUGGAGGCUAGCCGCAUGAUGUGGGAUGGAUCUUCUAAAGCCCUGCCAGGAAAAACACUGGAAUUCCAAUUUGACAUUUCAGAGACGCCGGUCAUUGGGCGCAGAUAUGACGACCUGCAGGGAUCAGGAGGGCGAGAUGGGAAAGCCCGGGCGAUCGCAGUGACCCGUAGCACAUCCUCCACCUCUUCGGGGUCAAACUCAAACACCGUUCUGGUGCCAGUCAGCUGGAAACGGCCACAGUCAUCACAGAAACGCACAAGAGAGAAGCUGGUAAAUGUUCUGUCACUCUGCGGACAGGAAGUUGGCCUCACCAAGAACCCAUCUGUAAGUUCUCAUUCCACCUCUGUGAUCUUUUCAUCCUGUGGUGACCUGGAUCUGAUGGAGCAUCAGCCUAGUCAAGUGUCCUCUGAGGACGGCACCAGGGAGGACACGCUAGAUGAUACCACCUCAGAACAGCAGUUCAGAGUCUUCAGGGACUUUGACUUCCUUGAUGUAGAGCUGGAAGAUGGAGAGGAGCUGCAGGGUGAGAGUUUGGAUAACUUUAACUGGGGAGUGCGCCGGCGCUCCCUAGACAGCACAGAUCUGACUGAGCUCCUGGAGGAGAGUCAGCACUUGGACAUAACCCCCUGCAUCGGCCUACACGACCCUCAUCACGAUUCCGAUGACUCAUCUGAGGAAGAGUCUAAUUCAACCAGCCAAAGCCUUUCCCACUCUCAGCUAACAAUGAACCUGUCCCCCUCAGAGGACACCAAUAAUACAGACUCUUUGUCCACUUCCUAUGACACCACAUCAGCUGACCCCAAUUCUCUCAAUGCUGCGACACCCUGCUUGGGAACAUCGCUACCCGACGACCACAUUAUGCCGACCAUUUUACCAGAAGAUGAGGACUCGAAUGUCCAAGAAGACGACCUGUCUUUUGGUGGGAAUGAGUUACCGACACGGUUUGACUGUGGCUCCAACACUAAUCUGGAUCUUCCUGCAGAUCAGAACCGAACUGGAGUUAACCAGAACCCAAACUCCAUGCCCAGCUACCAUUUUGGGGAGGACCGAGAUGAUCUGGAUGAGCUGGGCUUUCCUCCUCCACCCUCCCCGUUCUUUUCUGCCAUCCUGGCAGCGUUUCAGCCCACGGUGUGUGACGACGCUGAAGAAGCCUGGCGGACUCACAUCAACCAGCUGAUGUGUGACACGGAUGGAUCUUGUGCCGUGUACACCUUUCAUAUCUUCUCUACACUGUUUCAGAACAUCCAAAAUAAGUUCUGCUCCCUGACAAGCAGCGCUGCCGGUUACCUUGGAGACAGCUUAAGGGGAAUCGGCACAAGAUUUGUGACCUCAUCAGAAAUGUUGGCCUGCUCGGACUGUCCCACACUGUAUGUGGAUGCAGAAACGAUUGUUUCUUAUGGGCUCUUAGAGAAAAUUAAGUUUAGCGUUCUUGAGCUGCAGGAGUAUCUUGACACAUAUAACAGCCGGGAGGAAGCAGCUGUCUCUUGGUUGCAGAAUUGUAAAGCAACAUUUCCAAGAUAUCCUGAUGAUAAUGUGAUCACCUGUCAGCCAGGAGACUCAGAGGAGAAGCAAAUGGAAACUCUGGCUCAACUGGAGUUGUGUCAGCGACUGUACAAACUCCACUUUCAGUUCCUUCUGCUCUUUCAGUCCUAUUGUAAAGUCAUCGGACAUAUGAACACCAUUAGUUCAGUGCCAGAGCUGUGGAACAUGUCUCGUGAGCUGAGUGAUCUAAAGAACUGCCUGCGACUAGCAGAAGCCUCCUUGGCUAGUGAUCUGGAGGACCAGCACAGGCAUGGCACCCAGCCCAUAUUCCCCAACUCGGAGGCAGCCGUACAGGCCAUCCUGGAAUGCUUGAAUAACAACGAGUUUAGUAUGGCUAUUCGCUACACUCAAGAGUGCAGACGUGUGUGGCCAAAUGACAUUUUCGGUGGCUCCUUAGAGGAUGAGAUCCAGACUCUCCUCAACGUCUACUUCCGGCACCAGACUCUGGGUCAGACUGGCACCUUCGCCCUGAUCGGCUCAGACAAAGAUAUGUCCGAGAUCUCCACCAAGCUGAUGGAGCUCAACGGAGAGAUCCGCGACAUGAUUCGCCGCGCUCAGGGGUACCAGGUCAUCUCAUCCAGCCUCCUAGACUCCAGCGUGUCUGGCGUGAGUCUCUGACAGGAAGCCUGCAGCACCCCGGAUCAGCCCUGGCCUGGACCCCCCGAUCACUGGAUCCCUCCAUAGUCACCCAGCCUCUCCUGCAUCAUCCCUUUUCCCACGAUCCUCCACUCUUGCCACCCGCUCCAAGCCAACUCCAGUGCAACGUCUGGGAGUGCUGCCGCCCUUUUGAGGGAGUAACUGCUAAACUUGUGCCCUUCUUAGGGAAACUUGCACGAGCAUCCUUGACUGUGUUAAAUAGGAAGGGGCUCAUGACAGUGAGCGUGUCUUCAGGUCCACAGAUGUGCAGCAAUAACGGAGAAACUGAACUGCUCCUGCACGAUUCCUCGGAUUAAACACGUUUUUAAAUUAUUGCACUAGCUUGACGCUUUGUCGUAAAUCAUGAGGGAAUAAAAAAGGCCUGUUUGCUACCGAGAGCAAUGCUGCAUUUUGGAAAAGCGCUGCCAAUGUCAGAACUUCUACUGAAGGCAUGUGAUCGGUUUGUCAAUAACGUGGGAGUUGUGCAAUGAUGGAUCAUUGAUACGGAUGCCUUUCUACUGUAACUGCUAAAGAAUGUCUUUAAAGUUCCAUGACCUGGAACGUAACCGAAGGACAAUGCAAGAGACUGUCAAUGUCUUUAGUUAUCGUCACAAUACUUGUAAAUGUUUCGUUCAAAGAGAGUUUGUCUUUGUUAACAUGUCCAUCACUGAUGUACUGCUAGAUAUCAGCGUCUGCACCUAUACGCAAACACGCUGACAUUCAGCGAUUUGUUUAAAAGACUGAUAAACUACUACUGCUAAAGUGUAUUCUACUCCAAGUGCUGAUUUGAGAUUGUCCGGCUGUUGUGUUUUGCGCUCUACUGUAAACAGGCUCACGUCUAGGGUAAAUUUAUAUUUAUGAUAUCGGUGUGUUGAACAUAGUUUUUACAAAGUUGUUCUUUGUCUGUUCAAGUUGCCAAGCUGCAAAGCAUGCAUUACUGUAUUUAUUAAAAGUUGUAUUUUAUUAAAUUGGUUUUUGUAUAAAGUGGGAAAGGUAGACGUUAUGCAGAGUGUCUUUGUCACUAGUGCAUGCCAAGACAGAUUGCACAUUGUAAAGCCUUUGUGGGAAAGUGUCAGUUCCCCCCCAUCAUGUAUAAAUAUUUAAAGCUUGUCAAGUAAAG